AUGGGAGAAAAAGAGAUGUUAGAAAUGAGAGACAAAAUCGAGAAAUUGAGUGAUUAUGUGAAGACAUCGGAUCUAAUGCUCGAAGAGAUGUCAAAAAUGACCGAAACUCUUGUGAAUAUCAUUGAAGAAAAUCGUAGCAACGGAUCCAAGAGUUCAGAACUUCAUAAACUUUAUACAGAAUUUUCAGGACUCGAGGAAUCGGUUGACCAACAAAAAGACAAUUUACGCGCUCUAAAGAUGUGUUUGAAUGCAAACAAUGGACACAAUGUUAUGGAUUUGAUCCACAGUUGGAGACGAGUGACCGAAACUCGGGAUCAAUUCAUUCAAACACAUGAUGUGAUUGUAAACAAUAUGAGUGAAUUCGCAGAAACUCAGCAACAAUUCAUUCAAACUAAUGAUUUGGUAAACAAUAGCAGUGAAAGCCUACUAAAGAGUUUAUUAAUUAAUGAGACAAUUAGUGACACCAUUGCUGUUAAAUGCGACGACAAUGCUAUAGACAUCAACCUCUCUGAUGAUGACUAUCAACCGGUGGACGAAGACAUGGAGACAAUGGACGCCAGAAGUGAUAGUGGAAGUGAAUAUACAGAAGGGGUUCACAUCAAGAAUGAUGACAGCGAUAGUGACUAUGAAGUGAAACCUAAGCGUAAAUCUCCGAAGAAGUCUAAGAAAUCUAAGACAUUUCAAAUUCAGAGCACAUCCAAGUUCUUCGACGUAACCGAUGAACAAAUGGAUCAAUUAAUACGUCCGCAACACAAGAAGAAUGACUUUUAUCUGUGCGAUGAAAGCGGGUGUAUAUUCAGUACUGCCGAUAGGUUUAGGUUUUAUAAUCACUUGAAAAGACACUCAACUUCGGCACUAACUUCCGAAGGGAUGCGACGAUUAGAGCGUAUGGACGACGUGUUACUCCCGAUGACUGAUCUCAAACUGAAGGCCUAUGUGUGCGAUUGGCCCGACUGUCAGUACAGCUCAGCAAACAAAAGGGUUUUCUAUCAACACUACUGCCGACACAAAGACGUGACCUUAAAGUCUAUUCUAACGGCAGACCAAUUGGACAAUGAGUCUGAAUGCCAAGUGAUAGCGGAUGACUCAAAAAUGGACGCUUUAAUACUUCCGGAGCACAGACUGGGCGACCAAUACGUGUGCAAUGAUAUCAUGUGUGGCUUUAGUACCGAAGAUAAGGAGAGAUUCUAUAAUCAUUUGCAAAGACAUCCAACUCUGAGAACGAAUCCCAAGAACUUUCGCCAUCUGGAGAGAAGAGAUGACGCGGUGAUGCCAUUGUUGGACCGCAAGACCAGAAUAUUUACGUGCAAUGCGUCCGACUGUCACUAUAAGUGCAAAAGUAAAAAGGAUUUUUAUAGACAUUUAAACGGUCACAAAAACACCGAACCUGUUGUCAGCGAAGAACUAGAUUUGAUACGACCCGAGCAUAGAGUGGACGAUCAGUACGCCUGCGAUGAGUCUAACUGUACUUUCAGGACAACCGAUAGGCAGCGGUUUUCUAAUCACUUGCAAAGACACCAAACGCCGGGCAUAUCGAGGGAAAAGUUUCGCCGAUUGGAGCGAACGGACGACUUGACGCUUCCUCACUGGGACGCGACGGUCGGCCGAUAUGUCUGCCAUCGACCCGACUGUGCGUUUCGGUCGGAAUCGAAGUAUAACUUUUACAAGCAUUUAGUCAAACACUCCAACCCUAACCUCAAAGACGAAGUCGAUGUCGAAGCGGCCCAUAAGAGCCGCAAAUUGCAGAUUAUGGACGAACGGAUCGGCAAAUGUUUAACUGAUGGUCAGUACGUGUGCCAUGAGAUCGGCUGCGACUUUAUGUCUGUCAGCAAACUUGUGUUUCACAGCCAUUGGCUUAAACACAACCCACCGGUGGUGCCGGUGUCCGCACUGUUUGACCUCUCUCUGGAGCGACCGUUUGUGUUCGAUUGGCCGGAGUGUGGCGUUGCGUAUAAAGUCAGGAAGUAUUUGCGACUCCAUCGCCGCAAACACUUGGGUAUCACUAAUUUUGCGUGCGGUUGGCCCGGAUGUGACUACAGGUGCAACUCAAACACUUAUAUGCGAGUCCAUCGACGCACUCAUACUAAGGAAAGGCCCCGACAGUGUUCGUGGCCCGGCUGUGAGUAUACGUGCAAUAGUAAUCCCGGUAUGAACUCCCAUAUGCGUAAACAUACCGGUGAAAAACCAUAUGAGUGCCCGUUUCCCGAAUGCGGUUUCCGCACCUCACAGUCCUGUGCGCUGACAACUCAUAAGCGCCGACACACCGGCGAAAAGCCGUUUGUUUGCACCGAAAUAGGUUGCGAUAAACGGUUCUCAGCGGCGGCCGGACUAUUCAGUCACCGCAAAAGUGCUCACAACUCUAUCCCUUCGGUGGCGAAGAGGGGACGCAAACAGAAACAGUGGCCACAACCACAACAAUAA